GCUGGUUCAGAAUUUGGGGUUGUGGUUGAUUCAGUUCCAGGCUGAGGUUGAGGUUUGAGAUUAUUGCAAGAUCAUGAGCUGUUCUAAGAAAAUUCUGCUAACUUGAAUGUUGGAAAUUUUGCAAGAUCAGGUGUCCCCUUUGGCUUUGGAUCCAAACUCAAAUCAGACCCACAGAGUGUAUGAAUACAGCCAUAGCUGUCACUCACAGGCUUUGGCAUCCACUCCUGCAGGAUAUGGGGAUUUUGUCUGCCACUGACCUUUGGAUAUUUCAGUCACUGAGCAACAAGCAAACAAAGCUGACGUGUUGCACUGGAGAGAUGCUAGAGGUUGAGGAUGGAACUGACAUCUUUGCCUAAACUCCUCUGGACGAGUGACAACAAGCUCCUGCAUCAUCAUUUCCCAGAUGUGUUUGCAACUGUCCAUACCACUCAAGACAUCCCAGAGGAAGCCAGUUUUGGACCGUGUAUGCUGCAGAAUACCUUGUUGGACACUGUUGCUUUUAUUGCCCUGAAAUGCUCCGAGAGAAGAAAUAUCCAUUAUGUAUUUAAGGUAGAUGUCACCUCGGUGCAUAGCCCCGCUGGACUGCCCUGGAUGAGGCUCGUUCAAGCAGCUGCCAAUAGCAAGGAACAGAACUUGGAAGCCUACUUAAAAAACAGCCAGUUGUACUAUCGAUCUACUAGGAAAAUAGGCAAAAAUGAGGAGCUCCUUGUGUGGUACGAUGAGGAGCUUUCCAGCCUCCUGGGUUUUAGUGCGAUCAAAGCCAGGACUCUCCAAACUGAGCUCAGGUGCCCGGAAUGCGAGCAGGCCUUUAAAGGCGGGCACUCCUAUCUGGCCCAUGUCCGCUUCCUCUGCGUCCCGGAGAAGAACGCCCCACCGUGGAGAAAUCUCCAGGAGCAGAAGGCUGGGAAGGGCCACUUGCCUGAGCAGGCCACAAACUUCCACAGCCUGGCAAGGGAUCUGGAGGUCAAAAUAGCCACGCGGAGAGAUGACCCCCGUGGGCUGUCAGGGGAGAAGAGAACAAAGUCAGAAGAGGUGGAGAGCAACAGGAGCAGGAAAACGGUGUUGUUGGAGAAGACAAAUAACCUGGGGGAAGCUCACAGCUAUGGGGGCAAGGAGGAGGCGGUGGGGGAACAUGCCUUGGCUGGCUCCAUCUGGAAGCUCAGCUCAGGGAAGCUGUCGGCGAAGAAGGAUGCCUUGGAGCAGAAACAGAGCGCUUUCACCGAGGUCAGGAGGAUGAAGGACCGGCUGAGGAAUGAGAGAGUGAAGGAGGUGGAGCAAGGGGGUGGCCUGGGCCAGUUUGGCAAAGAGCAGAUGCCCAAGGAUGUGGUGCUGAACUCCUCAGGUAGCGCGUUCUCCUUCGUAUGGCCCACCCGAGCCCGGGGGGAGCAGAAAAGUGCUUUUAGCAAGCCAAUCAAGUGUCUGGUGGACAGGGCUGCCGGGAAUUCCUCCCAUUCCAUGAACGAGCUACCGAAGAGCCUGGGGGAGCUGUCUGGCUUCAUCACCACAGCGGACAUCAUGUGCUACAGCAACCUUUUGAAUUCCAAGUUCUUUGUCAGUGACUUGUGUAAUUCUCAGGUGCUGCAGACAAGCAUCGGCCGGAACAACGCUUUCCCAUAUACCUCAGAACCGUGGCCAAAACAAGCCGGGGGGCAGCUACAAACCGCCACCACCACCACCUCCUCCUCUUCCUCUUCUUCCUUGACUCUGCUGCCACCCACCUUCACGUCCUUUGGGGUGGCCGCCCAGAACUGGUGCGCAAAAUGCAACCUCUCCUUCCGGAUGACAUCUGACUUAGUCUUCCACAUGCGGUCCCAUCACAAAAAGGACUACUCCUCGGCCGAGUCUCAGUGCAAGAGGAGACGGGAGGAGAAGCUAACGUGUCCAAUCUGCCACGAGUACUUUCGGGAACGGCACCAUUUAUCCCGACACAUGACCUCUCAUAAUUAGAGCUGGGUAGACUGAUCCGACCACAGGACUGGGUUGGGGGAAGGGGAGGGAAAACAUUAGUUUGUAUCAUUUUUUUUUCAGUGUUUAAAUGAAUUUCUUAUAGGAAACAGCUGCUUACAAUAAUUUAUAAUUGAUGCUUCACAAAAAAUAUAUGUUUACAUGAGACCAAGUGGGUCCUCGGUUUUGAAAAUGCAGCCAAGCCCUUGUUGGUAUAUUUUUGAGGAAAUAAAAUGAUAAAAUGAAUGGAAAUGUUUUAUUAAUUUGGGCUCGAAGCUGCUGCUUUACAGACAACAAUCUGUUGUAGCCGCGUGUGAGAUAUGCUGUUAUGUGCAUACGUAACAA